GAUUUUUGAGCAGUUCGAGGUAGGUGCACCGCCUCCCCCUGGCCUUUUAAAUCGGGGCACUCAAGUGUUUGCAAGGGGCACCAUUGCGCAUCGCAGCCAGGCAGCCCCGUCUCCAUGGGAAUGGGAAGCGCCUCCUCGGCGCUCGCUUCGCGCGCCAGCUGCUUGGAGCGGGCCCUUUCUUCCGCCACCUCCCGCAGCGUCACUCUUGCACGCACGUUGCCAACCGCCGCCGCCUUCAUUCACAGGGCCUCAAAGCACUCCUGCAGCUGCCUGAGCAAUGGCAGACAAUCUCUCAAUCCCUCCAGCGCCUCCAUUCUCAACCCCUCUUGGAUCCCACAGCCCUCGCUGACAUCAUUAUUAGGACGGAAGCCGUUCUACAGCGUCCGAGCGGAGGCCGCUGACGUGGCGCUCGCAUCACCGGCUGCCAAGCAGAGCAAGAAGGAGGUGAAGAAGGGGAAGGGCCAGAGUGAAGCAACGAAGGUGACGCCGAAAAGCGAGGACUUCAGCCAGUGGUACCUGGAUAUCAUUAGGGAGGCGGAACUGGCGGAUUAUGGGCCUGUCCGAGGGACGAUGGUCAUUCGACCGUACGGGUACGGCAUCUGGGAAGCAAUUCAGGGAUGGCUGGACAGGCGGUUCAAGGAGACGGGGCAUGAGAACGCAUACUUCCCUCAGUUCAUUCCCUACUCCUUCAUAGAGAAAGAGGCCAGCCAUGUGGAAGGCUUCAGUCCAGAGCUGGCGCUCGUGACCGUUGGGGGGGGCAAGGAACUGGAGGAAAAGCUAGUGGUCCGACCCACCAGUGAGACGAUGGUGAACCAUAUGUUUGCACAAUGGAUUCAGAGCUACCGGGACCUGCCUCUCCUACUGAAUCAGUGGGCGAACGUGACCCGGUGGGAGAUGCGGACGCGGCCCUUUGUGCGGACGCUCGAGUUCCUAUGGCAAGAAGGGCACACAGCGCACUCGAGCGCAGAAGAAGCAGAGGAAGAGGCUUUGCGCAUGGUGGAGGUGUACCGCGAGUUUGCGGUAGAGCAGGCCGCAAUGCCGGUGAUCGUCGGGCGCAAGUCGCGGUCCGAGACGUUCGCGGGCGCCGUUCGGACGUACACGAUCGAGGGCAUGAUGGGCGACCGGCGCGCGCUGCAGGCGGGGACCAGCCACAACCUGGGGCAGAACUUUGCAAAGGCGUUCGGGACGCAGUACUUGAGCGAGGCGGGCGCCCAGGAGUUCGUGUGGCAGACGUCAUGGGGCAUGAGCACGCGCAUGGUGGGCGGCAUCAUCAUGACGCACGGUGACGACACCGGCCUGCGCCUCCCGCCCAACGUGGCGCCCGUCCAGGCGGUGAUCGUGCCCAUUUGGAAGAAGGAGGAGGAGAAGGAGGCUGUUCUACAGGCCGGUGCGGACGUCCAGAAGAAACUAGCGGCGGGGGGCGUCCGAGUGAAGCUGGACGCAAACGAGCAGCGCACGCCGGGCUGGAAGUUCAACUUCUGGGAGAUGAAGGGCGUGCCAAUCCGCAUCGAGAUCGGGCCCCGGGACGUGAAGGAGAACGCGGUGGUGCUGGCGCGGCGAGACAAGCCGGGGAAGGAGGGCAAGGAGUUCGGCGUCUCGAUGGACGAGGCCACCUUGAUACCCGUCGUGAAGGAGCGCCUCGCCAGCAUACAAGACGCACUACUCGCAGAAGCGACCGCGUUUAGGGAAAGUAACAUCGAGGAUGUGAGCAGCUACGAAGACUUGAAGCGCGUGAUUGCAGAGGGAAAGUGGGCGCGGGGGGGCUGGGCAGCUAGCGACGCCGAUGAAGCGAAGAUUAAGGAGGAGACUAGUGCCACCAUCCGGUGUUUCCCGUUUGACCAGCCCGAAGGCGGCAGAACAUGCUUAUGGACAGGGAAAGAGGGGGCGGAAGUAGCGCUGUUUGCUAAAUCGUACUGAGUUCAUGGGAGGCGCGCAAAGGUUAGGUACACGAAAACGGAAUAUAGUACACGUCGAUUGCUCAAUCUGCAAAAGUUUUCACUUCAAGUCGACGAGCUUGAUUCCAAUUGGCGAGGAGUUGGAUUGUCAAUGCUUACAAGGUUAGAAUCAGGCUGUGCGCUAUAUGCAUGUGAUUCGUUGCUGUGUGCAUGACUAUGAUUUCGGAGUACUGUAGUAUACGAGGU